AUGCCGUCAUCUCCCCCCGACCACCAAGGCCUCUCUGCUAUGUGGUGGAGUGCGCGGAAUCCACCAGAGAACCCUCGAACUUCCUUCUCAGGCAAGACCGUCCUCAUCACCGGCGCCAACGUCGGCCUGGGCCUCGAAGCCGCAGUCAAAUUCGCCGCACUGGGUGCCUCGCGUCUCAUUCUCGGCGUGCGGUCCAUCCAACGCGGUGAAGAGGCCAGAGAACAAAUCUGCCGACGAUCCGGUUACAAGAGCGCAGACGUGCAGCUAUACCAGCUCGACAUGAGCAGCUUUGCAUCCGUCAAGUCUUUCGCCAAGCAAGUCCGCGCGGACGAAGCUCGAGUCGACGUCGCCGUCCUCAACGCGGGCAUGGCGGCGUCUUCGUACCAGCGCUCGGCCGAAGGGUUCGAGAUGUCCCUGCAAGUCAACGCGCUCUCAACCGCCCUCCUGGCCGUGCUACUAUAUCCGAAGCUCCAGAAAUCGGCCGAGGUGUCGGGCGAGCCAUCACACCUCGAGUUCGUGGGCAGUGUCGGCCAUCGCAUGGUCAAGCCUGGUGCACUCGACGCGGCGCUCGAGAGCGGGUCGCGCGUGCUGGACCUGGUCAACGACGAGACAUUCUUCGACGUCGAACGCCAAUACUGCACCACCAAGCUCUUGCUGAUGUACGUCAUGGACGGACUCGUCGCAGCAGCAGCGUCGUCCUCGUCCUCGUCAUUUGCAGACCCCAAAGGCCCCGACGUGGUCAUCACGACUUGCUGCCCGAACCUGUGCCGCACGAACCUCGGCCGCGACUUUUCGUUCCUGCUCAAGCUGCCGACGUCCCUGUUCCAACUCGUCUUCGCCCGCUCCGCCGAGGAAGGGAGCCGGAUUCUUGUCAGCGGAACGGCCUUGGGAAGGGAGGCGCAGGGCCAGUUCUGGAGCCACGACGUCUUUGACCAGAAGGGUGAGCUGGCGACGAGUUCGAAGGGGAAGGCUCUGCAGAAGAAAGCAUGGGCCGAGAUCGUGCAGAUUCUUGAGGAGCACGUUCCGCAGAGCGAGGGAUAUCUCCUCCGCUGUUAG